UCCGCAGCAGCAGCAGUAGCCACCCCUCUCUUUGUGGUGUCGGAAGACUUUUGGCUGGAUUGUGGCGCAGUCCUGUCCAGCGAUUUUGGGGUGAGAACUGGUCCUUGGUGAUGCCACUGCAGCAGCCGCAUCUCGCCACCGCGCCAGCACACCGAGCCUAAAGCCGCUUCCUCUCUGAGGAGGGACACAUCCAGUUCGCUUUGAGACAUCAGCCGCCCAGGAAGAUGUCUAACGCCGACAUGGUCCUCAACGCAACCGAUCGGAUAGUGAAAUCCGUGCCCUUCCCUCUGAGCCACCGCCUCACCAUGAAGGAGGUGUUCGACUGCGAGGGCAAGCCGCGGGUGGACCUGCUUAAAGCCCACCUAACCAAAGAAGGCCGAGUGGAGGAGGCUGUCGCCCAGCGCAUCGUCAGUGAGGGCGCUGCCAUCCUACGCCAGGAGAAGACCAUGCUUGAUAUUGAGGCACCCGUCACAGUGUGUGGGGACAUCCAUGGGCAGUUCUUUGACUUGAUGAAACUAUUUGAAGUGGGAGGCUCACCCGCCACAACACGAUACCUCUUCCUUGGAGAUUAUGUAGACCGGGGCUAUUUCAGUAUCGAGUGUGUUUUGUACCUUUGGUCGCUGAAGAUCCUCUACCCAAAGACCCUUUUUUUACUCAGAGGAAAUCACGAAUGUAGACAUUUGACAGAAUACUUCACCUUCAAACAAGAAUGUAAAAUUAAGUAUUCGGAGCAGGUGUAUGACUCCUGUAUGGAUGCGUUUGACUGCCUUCCCCUGGCUGCCCUUAUGAACCAACAGUUUCUGUGUGUUCACGGGGGCCUGUCCCCUGAAAUCCACACCUUAGAUGACAUAAAGAAGCUGGAUCGGUUUAAGGAGCCUCCAGCGUUCGGGCCCAUGUGUGAUCUCCUGUGGUCAGAUCCCCUGGAGGAUUUUGGCAAUGAAAAGAGCCAGGAGUACUUCAGCCACAACACAGUCAGAGGCUGUUCCUACUUCUACAGUUAUCCAGCGGUAUGUGAAUUCCUGCAGAAUAAUAACUUGUUAUCAGUCAUCCGAGCACAUGAAGCACAAGAUGCAGGAUACCGGAUGUACAGGAAGAGUCAGACCACUGGCUUUCCAUCUCUAAUCACCAUCUUUUCCGCACCAAACUAUCUUGACGUUUACAAUAACAAAGCGGCUGUCCUGAAGUAUGAGAAUAAUGUGAUGAACAUUCGACAGUUUAACUGCUCUCCUCAUCCCUACUGGCUGCCAAACUUCAUGGAUGUGUUCACCUGGUCUCUGCCUUUUGUGGGAGAGAAAGUCACAGAGAUGCUGGUGAAUGUGUUGAGUAUCUGUUCCGAUGAUGAGCUGAUGAACGAUGGAGAUGAGAUCUUUGAUGCCAACGCAGCAGCUGCACGGAAAGAGGUGAUUAGGAACAAGAUCCGCGCCAUCGGAAAGAUGGCCAAGAUGUUCUCUGUGCUCAGAGAGGAAAGUGAGAACGUGCUGACUUUGAAGGGGCUAACUCCAACUGGCAUGCUGCCGAGUGGAGUGCUGUCCGGGGGCAAGCAAACUCUGCAAAGCGCCACCAUUGAAGCCAUCGAAGCCAUCGAGACUGAAGCAGAGGACGGAGAAGCCAUCCGCAGCUUUUCUCCACAGCACAAAAUCAGCAGUUUCGAGGAGGCCAAGGGUCUGGACCGCAUCAAUGAGCGCAUGCCCCCUCGUAAGGAUGGCGUUAACCACGUUGGUCACUCCAUGGGCAAAAUGAACAUGUCCGAGGCCAACGGCACCGACGACAACAGCAACAUCCAGUGAUGCAGUGACCGCCUGCAGUGCCUGCAUGCUUGAACCCGUGCCCCUGCUCUGUUGGGUGGCAGGAUAUCGCCAAACCUGAAAAUUUAAGGCCUCCUGAUACCAACCGAACCCAAAAAACAACAUAAAUAACUCUAUAUAUGCAUCCACUACUGAUCCAAUGUCUGAUUAAAGAAGCAAACUAUCCAAGUUUUUGUGGGUGAAGGGCAGUUGCUGUUGUUACGCUGCCAGUUUACUGUACGGGGUUUCUAGCUAUUUAGGCAAAGAUCUCUUUGGGAUGUGAUA